UGCACAACUACAGCAGGAUAACGGCUGCACUUUUCGAGUAGUGCGGUUCGAGUCGAGCAGACGGAGGAGGGAAGUCUAAACAGUGAGACUCAAAAAUAGCUUCCAAAGGCGAUUAGCUAUGAAGGGACAAAACAGAGGAGCCGCUCGGGAAUCUACGUAAGAAAAAAAAAAAAAGAAAGGAUGAGGAUUCCUCUGGUGUGGGCCCUUGCCAGACUGGCUGAAGGCAGAACCAAGAGCAAAACAAAAUCCCUGAGCAAAAGAAGAACCACCACCUAGGGCUGCAGAGUAGGACCUUUGUGAAGGUUCACGCAGCCGUCUGCAGGGUGGAGCUUCCUGAUCCAUGGAGAAUUACUUCCAAGCCGAGGCCUUCAACCUGGACAAGGUGCUGGACGAGUUCGAACAGAACGAAGGUGAGAAAACAGAUGAGACGGACACCUCAAUUCUCUCCGAUGCCAAAUGGACGCAGAUCCUGGCCCCGCCUGCCCACAUGCUUUCUCUGAACCCCGCUCUGGCCCACGCAGACAUCAGCCCCAGAGAGAGCCCCCUUCCCUUCAAAGCACUUCCUGAUUCAUCCAGCGCCUCUUCAGGAUCCGACACCAAGAGACAGUCGGGGUCUGAGCCUCCUUCCUGGGUAGAGGAGAGACCGGCGGACGUCCACAGCCCGCCUCUCCCUCAGCCUAACAUCGGGAAGCUGGUGGGCGCAGACGACGUCUCGCCUCCACCUGUGACGCCAUGCGUUGUUGUGGAAAACGGCUGCCCAGGCAGCCCGCAGCUGGAUGGCAAAGAUACCAGUUGUUCUGAGGUCCAGCUUGGUAACAAGGUGGAACCUGGAGAGAGACCUUCCUCUGUUGGAGGAGGAGGCUCUCACUUUACAUUUGAGAUGGGUUUAGCACAGCAACAGACCCUGUCUGGGAAUACUCAUUCAGAUGUGUGCACUGUAAAUGAAAAUGGAAAAGAGCUGAAGGAAGAGAACAAUUCAGCUGUUUUAGAGGACUUGGAACAGGAACAACGAAGUUUAAAAUCAGAGGAGCACGGAGAAAGUGAGAAUGGAGGUCAGGUUGUUCAGCCAGAAGAGGAGGACAGAGGUUUGUCUCCUCAGGGCACAGGGAGAGCAGAGGAGGAUCAAAGAAAAUGUACUCAGAACGAUCAAAUUGAGCAGCAGGGUAGAUUAAGACUCCUUCCUAAUGGUGUAGAGAUGGAGAAUGGAUGCAGUUUGAAGGUUAAGGAACUGGAGAAUAACGAGGACUUCUCUCCAUCACCCAUCCCCUCCAAAGAGGACUCUGUAACUGAAGAGAAAGAAAUGGAGGAGAGCAAGCAGGAGAUCAGUGACGGAGGGGCAGUGGGGUCAGGUAGCAUCCAACCAAAACUUAACAACAGCAGGCUUCAGCCUGUGAGCAUUCCCUAUGGAGGGGCACGGCCAAAGCAGCCAGUUGCCCUCAAACUGCAGAUCCCACAGCCCCUAUCGGGACAGGUCCAGAACCGGUUGCUUCCCUCUGCAGACACCAAGAACAAGAACAUGGAGAACAACUGUCGAAAAGGCACUCCGACCGAACCUUCGCCCACUGUCCAGAUUGCAGUCAGCGUUAACGGAACCGGAGGAACCCACUCUCUGUCGCCGACAGCCUCAGAGAGCCCCGACAACGACCUACAGGCUGGACAGCAGGGGGGGCUCUGCAGGCAGGCUGCCAGCUCACUGGGAGAGGUGGCUCCUGUGUGGGUGCCCGACUCCCAGGCCCCUGUCUGCAUGAAAUGCGACGUCAAGUUCACCUUCACCAAGAGGAGGCACCACUGCAGGGCCUGCGGGAAGGUGUUCUGUGCAGCGUGUUGCAGCCUGAAGUGUAAGCUGGUCUACAUGGACAGGAAGGAGGCCCGUGUUUGUGUCACCUGUCAUUCUGCCCUGACCAGUGUUCAAUCAGCAGAGACAAUAGCAACUGCGGUCAAUCAGAGUCCAAACCCAAAUAACCCGGCGGAGUACUGCUCCACCAUCCCCCCCCUACAGCAGGCUCAAGCAUCAGGGGCGCUCAGCUCACCUCCUCCCACAGUCAUGGUCCCUGUGGGGGUCCUGAAGCAGCCUGGCAACGAGGGCUCCCUUUCGCGGGACCAGAGGAGGGUGUGGUUCGCUGACGGGGUUCUUCCUAACGGAGACGCAGCAGACUCCUCUAAGCCUUCCUCCUCCAGUUCAGCGUCCUCUCAGCCACGGGCAGCAUGCUCAAAUAAAUCCUCCACAUCCGAGUCCUCAGAGGCGGCCCAUCCCCCCGCCGCGCCGGUGGGCUGCCCCAUCGGCAGCUCCCUCAGUCUGAUCCCGGAGGACGGGCUCCCUCCCAUCCUCAUUUCCACCGGAGUCAAAGGAGGUACGGGAGGCCACAUCACAGAUUACGCAGUUGAAGAGAGACCAUCAGAGAUCGUACUCAUGCAGCAGCUGGAGGAGGGAGGCCCAGACCCUCUGGUUUUUGUGCUCAAUGCUAACCUGCUUGCAAUGGUCAAGCUUGUCAACUAUGUAAACAGGAAAUGCUGGUAUGUGACGACUAAAGGCAUGCACGCCGUCGGCCAAGCUGAGGUGGUCAUUCUGCUCCAGUGUCUACCGGACGAGAAGACCAUCCCUAAAGACGUCUUCACCCACUUCGUGCAGCUCUACCAAGAGGCUCUAAGUGGCAACGUGCUGAGCCAUCUGAGUCACUCGUUCUUCACGCAGAGCUUCCUGGGCAGCAGGGAGCACGGCGGCUUCCUUUACAUCAGCCCCUCCUUCCAGUCGCUGCAGGAUCUGCUGCUGCCCAAUCCACCCUACCUCUUCGGUAUCCUCAUCCAGAAGUGGGAGACGCCCUGGGCCAAAGUCUUCCCCAUCCGCCUCAUGCUGCGGCUGGGAGCAGAGUACCGAUUUUAUCCAUGUCCACUGUUCAGCGUUCGCUUCCGGAAACCUCUCUUUGGAGAGACCGGGCACACCAUCAUGAAUCUGCUUGCAGACUUCCGUAACUACCAGUACACUCUGCCAGUGGUUAAAGGUCUGGUUGUGGACAUGGAGGUGAGGAAGACGAGCAUCAAGAUCCCCAGCAACCGCUACAACGAGCUGAUGAAGGCCAUGAAUAAGUCCAACGAGCAUGUGCUGGCCAUGGGGGCGUGCUUCAACGACCGGGCCGACUCCCAUUUGGUGUGCGUCCAGAACGAUGAUGGGAACUACCAGACGCAGGCCAUCAGCAUCCAUCACCAGCCACGGAAAGUUACUGGAGCCUGCUUCUUUGUUUUCAGCGGCGCUUUAAAAGCUUCGUCAGGCUUCUUGGCCAAGACCAGCAUUGUUGAAGAUGGUGUGAUGAUUCAGAUCACAGCAGAGACCAUGGAUUCUUUACGGCAAGCCCUGAGGGACAUGAAAGACUUCACCAUCACCUGUGGCAAAGCUGACCAGGAGGAGAACCCGGAGGUGGUCCACAUCCAGUGGACAGAAGACGACCAUAACUUCAACAAGGGGGUCAUCAGCCCGAUCGAUGGGAGAUCUAUGGAGUCCAUCACCAGUGUGAAAAUCUUCCACGGCUCAGAAUUCAAAGCUAACGGCAAAGUCAUCCGCUGGACCGAGGUGUUCUUCCUUCAGAGCGAAGACCAACCCAACGGGCUGAGUGAUCCAGCCGACCACAGCCGGCUGGCGGAGAAUGUGGCGCGAGCUUUCUGCAUGGCUCUGUGUCCACACCUGAAGCUGCUGAAGGAGGACGGCAUGGCCAAGCUAGGGCUGAGGGUCACUCUGGACUCUGACCAGGUGGGUUACCUGGCAGGAAGCAACGGCCAGCCUCUCCUGCCUCAGUACCUGAGCGACCUGGACAGCGCUCUGAUCCCCGUCAUCCACAGUGGGGCUUGUCAGCUGAGCGAGGGCCCCGUGGUUAUGGAACUGGUCUUCUACAUCCUUGAGAUCAUCUCUUAGGAGGACUCACCACUCCCACCUAACGCAGAUUUUCCUUCUUUUUUUCUUUUUUUUUUAAACACCACCUCACAGCCUGUUCCUCCUUUAUCUCCCUCCGACCAUUCGCGCCUCUAAAAGAACCACAAAACUGUGCCGGGCCGGUCCAGGUGGGGUAGCAUUCCUCCAGUCGAACCUAUGCAUCCACCCGCCGUCUGUUUGCAAGCAGAUGUGUUUCAGUGUCUGUAGAAGCUCUGAGCAGAGUCUGUCCUGACAGCCACACAAGGAAAAACAAUCGUAGCUAAUCUAAAAAUGACUUUUAAUUAACUGAUAUGGCAGUCAGCUUUAAUAAACAAGCAAAGAUUUUAAUCUGCAGAUGUUUUAU